UGGCGGUGUUGGCUGCAGUGGCGGCUGUGGUGCUGUGUGGCGGCGGCGCUGCUGUGGAUGGUGCCCGCAUUGCCAUGUUUGGCUUCCCUUCGGGGCCCAGCCACCACAUGGUCUUCAGCAAGGUCGGCCAGGAGCUCAAGAGUCGCGGGCAUGAGAUUGUGUUCAUCAACACAAACCUUGAUGGGAAGCAUGGCAACCUGGACGGUUUUGAAGUGUACACUGUGGAGAGCGGCAUGUCCACGGAAGAGACACACGCGCUGUUGCAGGACAUGGCUCUCCUUGACCCGCUCUCAGGCUGGUUCAAGAUCUUCGACGUGAUUUCAAGAAUGUGCACUGCCAAGGCCAACGACGCAGAGCUCCUCAAGCUCCUCAAGGGCUGUGAUGCCGUCGUGGUUGAUCCCAACUACAUGUGCUCCCAGAUCAUGGCAGAAGCAGCAGGGGUCCCAGUCAACGUCCACCUUUCCCCAACAAACUUCUUCGAUCCGUUCAUCAGCAUCCAAUACGGCGUGCCCAUCCCGCUCGCCACUGUUCCCCACAUGGGCACCAAGUACAGCCCCGAGAUGACGUUUCCACAGCGGCUGCACAACGCCGUCAUCUUUGCCAUCGACUACUACAUCAGAUGGUUCAUCAUUGAGCCAAAGGCCAACGAGUUCCGUGCUCAGCUCGGGCUCUCCGGGAGCUUCUUCAAGACCUUCCACAACGUGACUGACGUCAUCUACCAGACAGACUUUGCGUUUGAGUUCCCGCGUCUCAUCACGCCGAGCGUGCGGAUGGUCGGUCCGAUUCUCCCAGAGCCAGCCGUCCCGGUUCAGGACGCCAACAUCCGUGACAUCCUCGACAACGCUGAGCACGGUGUUGUGCUGGUGUCGUUUGGCACCAUCGCUCGCCUUGAGGACGAUCAGGCAGAGAUGCUCGCAAACGCCUUCGGUAAGUUGAAGCAGAAGGUGAUUUGGAAGUUCAACGGCAACCGGCCCAAGGUCGCCGACAACACCCUCCUUGUCGACUGGGUUGAGCAGAACAACGUUCUCGGCCACCCGAAUGUGCGCGCUUUCGUUGCGCACGGCGGCGCCAACGGCAUUUUGGAGGCUGCAUACCACGGCGUGCCCCUCAUUGGCUUCCCCCUCUUUGCUGACCAGGUCCGCUCGUGA